AUGGUGAAGAAGCCGUGCGCGCUAAAGGCCAGGUUCGAAUACCUGUUGGCAAAGCACGAGAAGGGGGAGAGUGCGUCGUUGCGCAAGUCGGGGACAACCGAGGAGUACUCUGAACGUGACCAGCUACUGACAGGCAUUAAGUUGCGCGUGGACGAAGCCGUGCGCAAGGAUGCUGCGAGGCGGAAACUGGAAAUCGUUAAGAAUUCGGGAUUGAUCAUGCGCCAAUUGGUCAUGGCAGAGCUUGAAACGUCUGCCAAAGAGACCGAGGACGCUGAGAUCACUCCGAUCAAGCGGCGCAAGAAGUCGAAGAAACCAGCUCCUACCCUCGAUAUUGCGAGCCUUAUGGGCAUUAUUCGUGAAGGCAUUGAGGACGACAAGGAGCGGUGUGAGGCGCAACGUUUACAAUAUGAUCGUGAACAAGAUAAUCGCCAUGCUGAGCAGCUUGCCGCGCAUCAACGUGCCUUGACCAACAAUUAG